CCCCGCCUCCCUCAGCCACCGGUUGCCAGCGAUCCCGCUGCCGGGUCCCUGCGGAGCUCCCGAGCACGCGCGCCGACGAGUGGGGACACUCGCGGGCCUGACCCCGGAGGCCACCCCCGGCGCGCCCGCCACCCACCGGUCUCGAUUCCCUAUCCCUGGCCAGCGACCCUGGGCCCAGGGAGCUCGCUGGGUGGGGGUAGGGUCCCCGGGGACCCGGGCCAGCUCCGGGCGCGACGAUGGAGGAAUCGCAGCGCCCGCGCUCGCACACAGUCACCACCACUGCCAGCUCCUUCGCAGAGAACUUCUCCACCACCAGCAGCAGCUUCGCCUACGACCGAGAGUUCCUCCGCACCCUGCCGGGGCUCCUGAUUGUGGCCGAGAUCGUGGUUCUUCCAAGGCAUGGUGCCCUGCCACACCGAGAAGUGGAGAGUGUCUUGAAGUCGCGAUUGUCAUCGUGCAGGAGAUUCCAUUGCUUGGUCUUCGGACUGCUAGUAUGGACGCUUAUCGCGGGCACUGAGUAUUUCCGCGUCCCUGCUUUUGGCUGGGUCAUGUUUGUCGCUGUCUUUUACUGGGUCCUCACUGUCUUCUUCCUCAUCGUCUACAUCACCAUGACCUACACCAGGAUUCCCCAGGUGCCCUGGACCACAGUGGGCCUGUGCUUUAACGGCAGUGCCUUCCUCUUGUACCUCUCGGCCGCCAUAGUGGACGCGUCUUCCGUCUUCCCAGAGAAGGAGGGUCACAACUUCAACAGCUGGGCAGCCUCCUCGUUCUUCGCCUUCCUGGUCACCAUCUGCUACGCUGGAAACACAUACUUCAGUUUCAUAGCCUGGAGAUCCAGGACCGCACAGUGACUUCCUCUUCGGAAAAUGGAGAAGAAAAACGCACCAGGAUGCAUCUGGCUGUGAAAACAGUUGUAGCUAUAAUGUAUAUUGCCCCCAGAACUGUAUUUAACUAAUGUUUUUAUAUCUUAGUUAAAUUACCUCCUAGUGGCUUGUUACAUUUAAGCUCGAUACUUACUUGCAGAGUGUCAUGACUUCUGAUGAACUCUGAGGUCUCUUGACUUCCUCAUAGUCUUUAUUUUCUUACAUAAUAUAUAAAUAAAUGACUAAAUGUUAAA